AUACAUUUUGGCGCUCGCCGCGGUCGGUUGUGUUAUUAUUUGUCGCGCUCUGUUUUAUUCACUCGAUCGGUUCCCCGCUCUUUCGCUUCAAACUUUCCUCCGGCGCUCUCUUUUAAAUUUAAAAAUAUUUAAACAAGUGUUAUCAGCAGCCAUAAACAACAAUCGAAUAUUUAAAGCAGCAUGACCGAGGGCAAGAACUUACCCCACUCCAGCGCCGAUGUUCCGUUCCGCAGCAAGGAGCUGCGAAAGCAGUCGCUCAUCCAGCACACCGGCCUGGUCGGAGUCAUCGAUGAGGGCACCAAGACCAUUGGCUUCUCCAUCUACACCACGCCCGACUUCAAGGAGAUCGCCGCCCACCGCGUGGAACUGAGCGUCAUAACGCCCCAGGAUGGCUGGUACGAGCAGGAUCCGCUGGAGAUCAUGGCCUCCAUCAACAAGUGCGCCGAGGAGGCCAUCAAGCAGCUGCCCGAGCACGGGUUCUCCGCCAGCGACCUCGCCACCGUGGGCAUCACCAACCAGCGAGAGACCACGAUCGUUUGGGAUGCGGUCACCGGCAAGCCCCUGUACAAUGCACUCCUGUGGAAGGAUAUCCGCACCAGCACGACAGUGGAGCAGAUCGUGGCCAAGGUGCAGGACCCGAACCACUUCCGCAGCAUCACAGGUCUGCCCAUCUCCACGUACUUCUCGGCCCUGAAGAUCCGCUGGCUGAGGGACAAUGUGCCCGAGGUGCGACAGGCCAUUCGGGAAAAGAGGUGCAAGGCGGGCACAGUCGACAGCUGGAUUGUCUGGAAUUUGACAAAUGGCGCUCUUCAUAUCACGGACGUGACCAACGCCUCCCGCACGCUGCUCAUGAAUCUGGAGACCCAAAACUGGGACCCUGUGCUGCUCAAGACGUUCGGCAUCAAGGAGGACAUGCUGCCCGCCAUCCACAGCUGCUCGGAGGUGUUUGGCAAAAUCACCUCAGAAAGAAGUCCGCUGCGUGGAAUGACUUUGAGCGGAAUCAUGGGCAAUCAGCAGGCCUCGUUGCUGGGCCAAAUGUGCGUGAAGCCUGGCCAGACGAAGAACACCUACCGCUCCGGUUGUUUUCUGCUCUGCAAUACGGGUGACAAGCCCGUAUUCUCGCGGCACGGACUACUGACCACCGUGGCGUACAAGCUGGGUCCCCAUGCACCGACGAUCUACGCCAUCGAGGGAGCGGUUUCGGUGGCCGGACAUGCGCUGUCCUGGCUGCAGACCAAGGUGCGCAUCCUGCCGGACUCCAGGGAUGCCGAGAAGUUUGCAGAGGUGGUGCCCACAUCGGGUGAUGUGUACUUCGUGCCCGCCUUUACAGGACUGUACGCUCCCUAUUGGCGGCAGAAUGCCCGUGGCAUCAUCAUUGGGCUGACGCAGUUCACCCGAAAGAACCACAUAGUGAGGGCUGCCCUGGAGAGCAUCUGCUUCCAGACCCGCGAUAUCCUGGAGUGCAUGCACCAGGAGUGCGGCUAUGAGAUCAACAAGCUGCACGCCGAUGGCAAGCUCACCACAAACAAUCUGCUGAUGCAGCUCCAGGCGGACACCAUUGGGCUGCCGGUGUUCCGGUCACAGCUGAUGGACUCCACGGCCUUCGGCGCUGCCAUGUGCGCCGCCCAAGCGGACGGGGUGAAUCUCUGCCAAUUCGAGCCCGAGAAGCGGUACUACGAGAACGUGCACUACGACACCUUCCUGGCCACCACCACGGAGGUGGAGCGCAAGGAGCGGUACGGCAAGUGGAAGCGGGCGGUGGAGCGCAGCUUGGGAUGGGUGAUCAAGCAGAAGAAGACGCGCGAGCACACGGAGGAGAACUACCGCAUGCUGUCCUCGCUGCCGGCGAGCAUCUUCCUCAUCAGCAGCUUCGCCAUGCUGGUGCACUCCCUCGCCGCCAGUGGCCAGUAAGGAUGACCCCUGACCAGAAGGAUUGCCGCCUGACGUGCGUACCGAUUCUCGGUUGUGAUACUAUUACUUAUCCGCACUGUAAAUAGUCCUCAAAGGACAAGGGUGGUUGAACGUGCUUUAAACCCUGUAAAUAGUUGCCUACGAAGAGCCGACCAAGACCAGUCUCUGGACUAAGCUCCGACCUACUUUAAGUAACCUGUAUCUAUAUUAACGUGUUUCCGUUGCAUAUUCUGUACGUCCUAUACGUAGUUCCAUCGACGACGGCUGCUUGGCCGAGCUCCACGCACGGUCAUAUCAGCAGAAUUGUAUAUAGCCAAAGUGCAAACGACAUUUCUAAUUUAAGUAGGUUCCGUGCUCGUAUGUAUAUGUAGUGAUUACGCCCCUUUAACAAUAAACAGAAAUAAUACGAAUCGAAAA